GUCGAGCAAGAAAAAACCAGAGGAACGUCUCCUUUUGAACAAGAGCAAAAAUAUCAGGAGGACAAUUUUCUAACCAAAGCUGAGAUUGAUUUCCCCAUGAGAGCCCACAAAGCCUUUGAGUUAUCGGAGAACAUCGCCUAAGCAAGAGUCAUCUUCAACCUCUGACGAAAGUAGCUUGAAAACACGGCUUGAGUCGACUUCCAAUACGAUCUGAUGAAUCCCCAUUUCUGAAGCUAAUCGGACGCCUUCCAUAGCUGCGAAACCUUCUGCAAGAUCAGACUAAAAAAUGAAAGGAAUCGAUUUGUACGAGGGAGAAGGAUAUCAUUGCUGAACUGCAUGAGCUUCAAUGGUGAUAUCGCCAAGCACCACCAGUUUCUCCUCCAGCUACUUCAAGCAUGCUCCAAGGCCCCUUCCCUCAAAGCAACAAGACCUCUUCAUGCUAUCACAAUUACAAUGGGUCCUGUUCCGAACCAGGCCAUUUUUGUCCAUAAUAAUCUCAUCUUCCAAUACUCUUCUUUUGGGAUGUUAUCGGUGGCACGCAACCUGUUCGACAAAAUGCCCCACCGAAAUGCUGUGUCUUAUAACACGGUAAUCAGUGCUUAUAGUCGAUGUGGGUUUGUAAAUGAAGCAUGGGGUUUGUUUUCAGAGAUGAGAGAUUGUGGUUUUGUGUCGACCCAAUUCACAUUUGGUGGGUUAUUGUCGGCGGAGUUAUUGGAUUUUUGGCAGGGUGUUCAAUUGCAGGCGUUAUCAGUUAAGAAUGGACUGUUUGAUGCUGAUGCUAUUGUGGGAACGGCCUUGAUGUGGCUGUACGGUAGGCAUGGAUGCUUUCAGGAAGCUCUGUGCGUUUUUGGAGAUAUGAAUUGGAAAAGUUUGGUGACGUGGAAUUUGAUAUUGGCAUUACUGGGUCGUAAUCAACUUGUGGAAGAAUGUAAGUCUCUGUUUUGUGAGCUUAUGAGUGGAGGGAUGGGACUGUCCAAGUUCUCUUUUGUGGGUGUUUUGUCUUGUUUUUCUUGUGAAGAGGACUUGAAAUUUGGGCAACAGUUACAUGGUAUUGUGAUUAAAAUUGGGUUUUAUAAUGAAGUUCUGGUGGUAAAUUCUCUGAUGAACAUGUAUUUACAAUGUGGAGGCUUUUUCUUAGCUGAGAAACUGUUUUAUGAGGUGCCUAUACGGGAUGUUGUGACAUAUAAUUCAAUCAUUGGGGCGUGGGAAAAGGUCAAGAAACCUGAAAUAGCAUUAGAGCUCUUUUACGAUAUGUCAAUGGAUGGACUAAUUCCUACCCAGGCAUCAUUUGUAAACGUUGUCUACUCUUGUAGUUGUUUGGAAAGUUCCAUUUAUGGAGAAUAUUUUCAUUCUAAAAUAAUUCGUUUUGCUUUGGAGUCUGAUGUAUAUGUGGGCACUUCUUUGGUUGGUUUUUACGCUAAGUUCAGAAAAAUGGAGGAAGCCCGUUAUUGCUUUGAUGAGAUAGCUGAGAAGAAUUUGGUUUCCUGGAACACUUUGAUUUUGGGUCACUCAACUGAUUGCUAUACUUCGUCUAUUUAUCUGCUGCUAGAAAUGCUCCGUUUUGGUUAUCGACCUAAUGAGUUUACAUUUUCAGCCAUUAUAAGAACACUAUUGGCUUCGGAAUUACUUCAGAUUCAUUGUUUGAUUAUAAGAAUGGGCUAUGAGGAGAAUGAUUAUGUAUCAAGCUCUCUUGCUUCUUCCUAUGCCAAACAUGGUCUCAUAUCUGAUUUCCUGACUUAUGUAUCUGAUUCUAACAAACAGCCUUCUGUUGUACUCUCUAACAUAAUUGCUGGAUAUCACAAUAGAGUUGGCCGAUAUGGCGAGACACGAAAGUUGCUUUAUCUACUUGAGGAACCAGACAUUGUAUCGUGGAAUAUUUUGAUUGAAGCUUGUGCUAAAACAAGCAAUUACAUCAAAGCUCUGGUUCUUUUCAAAUGCAUGCUCAUGCUCCAAAUCUAUCCAGACAAUUAUACAUUCAUCUCCCUUUUGAGUGUUUGUGCUAAAUUGUGCAACCUUGCUCUUGGCAGUUCGGUUCAUGGCAUUAUCAUAAAGACCAGUCCCAGUUGUCGUGAUACAUUUAUGUGCAAUCUGCUAAUUGACAUGUAUGGAAAAUGUGGAAGCAUUGGAUGUGCUUUGAAAAUAUUUGACAAAGUGGAAGACAGAAACUUAAUCACAUGGACAAUUCUGAUCUCCAUCCUGGGGUUACAUGGCGACGCUUAUGAAGCGUUGGAAAGGUUUGCAGAAAUGGAGUUAUCGGGGUUUAGGCCUGACGAGGUAGCUCUUGGUGCAGUGCUUACAGCUUGCAAGCACGGUGGGCUUGUUAAAGAAGGAAUGGAGUUGUUUAGCAAGAUGAAAGUGAAAUACGGAAUCGAACCAGAAAUGAAUCAUUAUCAAUGUCUGGUUGACUUGCUUUCUUCACAUGGACAUGCUGCGGGAGUGGAGAAGUUGAUUGUCACCAUGCCUUUUCCUCCUGAUGCUUUUCUAUGGCGUAGCUUCCUAGAAGGCUGCAAAAGACAAAGGACCUUAUAGACCAGGUGAUGCAAACAUGACCGUGCCAAAGAAUCCCUUUCGUGCUGAAACCGAAAGAAAUACCGAUGGCUCAUAUUCCUUCAGAGCACGACUUCAGAGAUUAAAGGGAAACAUGAAUCACCAUGUUUCUUUCUUGAUGAUGAGGGACACUUCUGGCCACCCAACGAAGAAAGUAAACCAGUGGAUGCCUGCCAAAACCUUCACUUAAUGUCAAGGUACUAAUGAAUAUCGACACGUUCCCAACAGUGUUUCGUUCUUCAUAAAAUCGAGUACUCAUCCACCGUUAAGGCCUCCCGUCCUGUACUCUGCACAGAUUGGAAAAAUUGCAGACUUUAAGGUGGAUGACACAGCCGCCUUACACCACCAAAUCUAAACCUCAAGCAAUGCAGCCUACAGCACCAUGCCCUUCUUGAGGGGUCCCUGUCCUUACAAUUAUUUCCUUUACCCAUUUUUUCAAACUUGAAUAUACAUCAGUACGACUGGGUGAAAUACAAGUUUCGAAACAAGAACUUACACAGUCCAUAAAUUUGUGUUAUAGUAUCUAUAUUUUAUACUGUUUUUUAAGUCGUAACUGUGAGACUAUGAGAGAAGUUUUGGAGUCUGCUUUAUAAACUUUGAUCAGUUUGCAGUUCUGUAUUCAGUGGCUUCUUCCACUCUCCAAUUGGUUCAGAAAAUGAAGUGAAUUUUGAUCAAA